AUGAGUGUUUUACAAAGCGACAACAGCAUCCAUCGAAUUCAGCGGCAACGACAAAAACUCUACGAGCAGCGGAAAACCAACACAAAAACGAAUAAAACAUCAACAGGCACGAAUUUAGUAUUAUCGUUGAAACCAAAAAUGAAUGAUUUUAUCGUCAAACAAAAUGAAGAAACUAACAUGAUAAAAAAUAUGGAAAAGAUGAUGAAACAACUGAUAUAUAUUACAAGAUUUGUUUGCCAACAGAAGCUGAAUGACGAUCCACAGAUGGGUGGAAUUAGUGAAGUAGUACAAAUAGAUGAAUCAUUAUUUCGUGGUAAACGCAAAUAUAAUCGUGGUCGUCUACUACUUGGCAACCGUAACAACGCCACAGCUGCUAACAACAACAAUAAUAAUAAUAACAAUGGUCUUGUUCAAUAUUCAAGUUCCAGCUCGAGUGAUGAUUCGGAUUCCAGCAGUGAUCAAACUCAGGCAAAUAACAAUAGAAAUUAUGGACACAGACUAGUUGGUCCCUGGAUAUUUGGAAUCGCACAACCAAUGGCAGAGGGGUACGAGGCACGUUUUUUCCAUGUGCAGCGGCGUGAUGCGGCUACGUUGCUUCCAAUUAUUUGGAAAAACGUUUAUCCUGGAACUACUAUAUGGUCGAACGAAUGGAAAGCUUAUUCACGCUUGCAAACAACGUAUGGUUACGACCAUCACACAGUAAAUCAUUCUCAAAAUUUUAUUGAUCCACCUACCUGUAUCAAACACCAUAUUGAACCAAUAAGUAAAUUUACCGAUGAAGUUGUUGAAGAAACACCCAUGGUGCGUAUCCCUCUUUACAAAAGCGACUGUCAUUUACUGCUGUUACUAGAUUAUGCUCAAAAAUGUAUUGACGCUUCAUGUCUAUGUUUUUUUCUUAUGUUCUCGGUUAAUCAAUCAAGUAAAACCGAUUUUUUGCAAAAUUUAAACGAAGCAAGAGACGCCAGACGAAGGGAAAAAGAUUUACAACAUGCCACAGUGUUAAUUCAAGCAAAUAUUCGGGGUUAUCUUGCAAGAAAAAAAUUUAAUGAUCAAAUAAGGAAUGAACUUAUAAAUGCCUUUCAAGAAUAUAAUGAUCCGAAAAAGAAAUACACAAUGCAACUUGCAUCAAAAAUGUUUUCACAUACACGACAUUUUCUGACUUAUUAUCAACGAGGCAAAGCGAAACAACGAUCAGGUGAUUUAAACUAUUUACUUCUAAAUGUUUUCACUUAUAUUAUCAACAGUUUACAAGCCGAUGAAAUUAAGUACAGUUAUUUGGCUGCAUUUUUCAAUAAAGAUUUGAACAGUCGAUGGAUGUCAUUGAAUCAUGAGUAUUCAUUAUUAGCAUUGAAAAUUUUGGAAACAAAUGAGGUGUUGUUGUUGUUAUUUCUUUUAACAAGUCAAGAUAUUCAAUUGUCGAUGAAUGCCUUACAGUUUCUGGUUGUAAUGACAGACUACGAAUGUUGGAAGUCUAUCCAAAAGAAUAUAAGUGAUAUUUUAAAAACAACUAUGGAGGCACUCAAUCGAACGUAUUUAAUUUAUUUUGCUCAACAUAAUUUACUCUUUAUUUUAAAGACAUUUAUGAAUCGAUGUAUACAACGGCGUUUAGAAAUAUCCUCAAUUGAUCAUGUAGCUACUUUAACGUUCAAACUAUUGUUAUGUACUGAUUUCAAUGGAUCCUAUUUGAUUCUUAUUUCAAGUACAAUCUUAACAAUUCCAGCAUUUUUAACACUUUGUACGGAAAAAUCUCACAAAUUCUUUGCUGCUGCAUGUCAAAAAGAUUUAUUUAAUCGUUUAAUUUGUGUAUACAGCACCAAAGAAUCAUUUAUGAGUAUUAGUGAUCGUCUCGAUGUUGUUGAAAUAUGUUAUUUACUUGGCAAUAUUGUUUCGCUAGCCGCUAUUGAUAUUCACCAAAUCGAAACGAUGAAACAACCUUUUAUAAAUAUUUUAUUCAAUAUCUUGGAAAUCUUUCGUCAGCGUCAAUCUGGUGAGAAUAGUGAAACAACCAAAUCAAAUACGACACUAUGGCAUCCUAUCAUAGGACAUGUCAAGGGUAAAACAGUGUUUGCAGUAUCAAAUAAUGAUCUAAAUCAUCGUGUUAUUCAACAGCUAAAAUUUUUAUGGUCAAAACAAUUUGUUAACAUUUUAUUUGAAUCAUCAACUCCAGCAGCCAAUGUAAAAUCAAAUCAACCGACAAAAGAGACGAAUAUAAUUCGUGCAAAAUUUGAAAAAUUAUUUUCAAAAUCAACUGAAUCAAAAUUAUCGUCGGAUGAAACACAAUUUAUUUGUCGUAUAGCAACAUUAUAUCAAAAUCUUAUUCACUCAUUAACAGAAUUACGUUUACAAAUUUUGUGUGCCUUAUCCUUGCAAGAAGGUCUAAUAAGUAGUUUAUGGUUAUUUUUACAAAGUAUUGGUCCAAACUGUGGUAUCAAAGAGCUGACAAAAUUAUAUGAGACAACAAAAGGAAAUAAUUCAUUAUUUGAAUUGUUACAAUUAUUUUGUAAUCUUUGUUCAUAUCUUGUUACAGUAUUGGAUGAAGAAGAAAUGUAUAGACAACAGAAGCAUCUUGAAUUAGAAUCAUGGACUAUUUUGGCAUAUUUUUUAAAUAAUAUACUAUAUCGUAUCAUACGAUUUGAAUAUAAUCUAUCGAUUAACACUGCAGUAUGUUCAAAAAAUUUCUGCACCAGUCCCACUACAUCUCUCUCAUCAUUAAAUCUUAUCGUUAAUAGUAUUUAUUUGGAACGCAAGCAAAUAUUUAAAACACUUCAUCCACUUCUUGUACUUUUAUAUGAACGAAAUACACGAAAAUCAUUUGUACCAGAUAAUUUUUGGCUGAUACGUGAUUGUAAACCAUCCGUUUUUAUAGCUGAUAUUGAACGAGAUGAUCCGUGUGCAAAAUUUUUGCUCGAACAUAUGCCUCAUAUACUUCCAUUCAAAGAUCGUGUGAAAAUUCUACAGAAAUAUAUUGAAACUGAUAAACAUGAGCAUGGCAUUCGUGAAUCGUCUAUGCAUCGUCACAUAAAAAAUCAUAUUGAAGUUCGACGUAACAAUUUAUUUGGGGAUUCAUAUGAAGCAUUAAGAUCAAUAGUACCAGUUGUUUGGAAAAAUACUUUGCGUGUUACAUUUAUAAAUUCACAGGGUCUUCCAGAGCCGGGCAUUGAUCAAAAUGGUAUAUUCAAAGAAUUUAUUCAAGAAAUAACAAAGCAAAGUUUUGAUCCAGCGUUUAAUCUUUUUAAAACAACGGAAAAUGGCUCAUUGUAUCCAUCGCCAUUAUCGGUUUUAAAUGAAAAUUAUUUAUCAUUGUUCAGUUUUGUCGGUAAAAUAUUAGGAAAAGCUGUUUAUGAACAAAUUGUUCUGGAUGUUGAGUUUGCUCCAUUUUUUCUUCGAAAUUUGAUCGGUCAUCGUAAAAAUAUAAAUUACAGCUGUUUGGAUGAUCUGAUGUUUCUUGAUCGUGAUUUAUACAAUAAUCUAACGUUUGUCAAACAUUACGAUGGAGAUGUUAGCAGUUUAGAAUUAACCUACAGUAUUGACGAAGAUAUUCUCGGCCAAAUGGUGACACAAGAUAUUAUACCGUGUGGAAGACAUAUUACUGUCACAAACGAUGAUAAAAUAAUUUAUGUUCAUCGUAUGGCUUUAUAUCGAACAUAUACAAGAAUAAAACAACAAAUAAAAAUGUUUUCUGACGGUUUCAAAUCAUUAAUCAAACCUGAAUGGUUAAAUAUGUUUUCUGUUCCUGAAUUACAACAAUUAAUCUCCGGUGAAACACAAGAUAUUAAUAUUCAAGAUUUAAAAUCAAAUACUGUUUACCAAGGUGGAUAUCAUAAAAAUCAUUCGGUUAUUAAAUGGUUAUGGGAUUUAGUUGAAAAAGAAUUUACACGAGAAGAACGAGCUUUAUUUUUACGAUUUGUGACUAGUUGUAGUCGUCCACCGUUAUUAGGUUUUUCACAAUUAAAUCCACCGUUUACAAUUCGAUGUUUGGAAAGUUCUGAAGAACAAGAUGAAGGCGAUUCACUAGGACGAAUAUUUCGAAACAUGAUUAAUAUUGGUCGUACAUCAUCCGAACGUUUACCAUCCAGUUCUACAUGCUUUAAUUUAUUAAAAUUACCAAAUUAUAAAACUCGUAAUAUAUUACGCGAAAAACUUCGUUAUGCGAUUAAUUCAAAUGCAGGAUUUGAACUUUCUUGA